UGGUCGACUCUCUCUUUCACAGCCAUUGAGAGAUUACCGGGCUGCACUGUCAGUUGAUACGUAUCGAUAGACCAAUCAGCGUCUAGAGUAAUUCAUCGUCUUACAAACAACGUGGGCCAAUAAGAGGAAGGCUUAGAUUGAAGGCAUGGCGGCUUGAAGUACGUCCAGUAUCUAUGUAGAGUCGGACGUACACAUAGGGCUCUAGUACUGCGCACAACGGACUGAGAGUGUUAGAGACAGUUAGGAGAGGAGACCCGUGCUAUUGUCACAGACAGACACAGUGACUUAGCAUAGCUGAACAUUCCAGUAUUUCUGAAUCUAGAUCCUCUAUCAGAGAGGCGUGAGACGUAAGGAUGAGUCUCGGGCCAACUCCGCUCGACGCCCGUGGAAGCCUGCCGCCGGUGUCGGUGGGACACACCGUGCCCGUGUCGGGCCCCCACCUGCCUCCAACGCUGAUGUUUCGCUCGGAUAAGUACCCGCGGACCCCCAAAUGUGCCCGGUGCCGUAACCACGGCGUGGUGUCGGCGCUGAAGGGCCACAAGCGGUACUGCCGCUGGCGGGACUGCAUGUGCGCCAAGUGCACGCUGAUAGCGGAGCGCCAGCGAGUCAUGGCCGCACAAGUGGCACUGAGACGCCAGCAGGCCCAGGAGGAGAACGAGGCCCGCGAGCUGGGGCUCCUGUACGGCAGUCCGGACGGCAUGACUCUCAUCGGGCCCGGCACAGGCUCGGGCGUCUUCCCCGGUACAAAACCCAUGGACCUGGCCGACCGCAGCAGUCCCCCAGAGAAGCGUCAGAAGGUGGAGUACCUCUCACCGGGCCGGGUGGUGUAUGAAGCGGGCGGAGACGGCGGACAGGCCGAGGAGCAGUCUCCAGUGGACCUGGCGGGGAAAGUACCCGAGGACCAGCACUCCGUCACCGAGACCAGGUCCACGGCGUCCUCCGAACCCCCCUCACCAUCCCCCGACACCCAGCACAGCCCGGCACGGAAGGACUCCGAGGUGUCCGACACCGAGGCCAAGGCAGACACAGCCGAGAAAGUGUCCGAAAAUGGCGUCACCCCUACAAAUGUGAAAAUGUCUGCCCUGGAGAUGCUGGCCCGAGUCUUCCCCACACACAACCAACAGACACUACAGUUAGUUUUGAACGGCUGCGGAGGAGACGUGGUCAAGGCUAUAGAACAGGUGUUAGCGCGGCAGAACUCUCCACACAACACCUCGGCUAACCACACUACUCCGACCACCACGGACAUGUCCAAGCGGACACUGGUCAGCUAUCGGCCGUACCUAUCCUCCACCACACCCUCUUCUGGACUCAAGUCAGCCUUCUCCCCCCUCCCCACCUCUCCACACAUGGACACGUCCCCUGUCGGGCUCGGACUCGGUUCUGUGCGGUUCGCUUACCCGCCGCCGAUGCGUGGGCUCACCUUUGCCGGGUACUCGCCUACCCUGCUGCCCGGGUUCGGCUUCCCGGCGUUCGGCGGCUUGAUGCGGGGUGUUUGUCAUUCUCACAAAGACCCUGCUCUCUGCACGCUGUGCAACUACAGCGGCGCAAGUAAGUCCACAGCAGACUGAGAAACUCACCGAACAGACACUAGACACCGUACUUGCAUGUAUAUUAUUGGUAAUAUUUUUGUACGAGUAUCAGCAUUCUAUUGAUGGAAUUUAUAGCAUCACAGAGAUAGUGACUGGACACUGAGAAGUAAUAAACAUAUAGGGACCGAAAGUAUUCCAAGCACAAAUCGUAAUCAGACAUAUAUAAUUGUGUGCAAUGCAAAUGUAUAUACGUAAAAAAAAGGUCACAGACGGUUAUGAAGUAACUUACAACAAGUGGCAAUUAGUUUUUCUAGGUGUCCUUAUCUUAGUUGUUAGGGAAGCUAACAUUUCCGUAUAUUGUGUAAUACAUAGUGUAGCUACAAGCCACGGUAUUGUAUUCUACUACAGGGCGUAUAUAGACCAUUCAUACAACAUGUAAACCACCUGAACUUUUAACGGCCUGAAAACUGGCGCGAUUUCAGCUAUUCUAUUCAGGUGAACGGAAGCAUGCGGCCUGCCUCUGUGUGUGUAGAACAUUGCGGACGAGCUAUGCUCUCAUACUCACAUGUGUAAAGCUCCUUCUUGCGAAGAAUGCACUUUGUUAAUGUAUUGUGUCCAAAUGUAUAUCUUGUGUUUCCAUACUUAAAAGUUUACCGCAAAGCGUU